GUUUUGUUUACCUGUCAACGUCAAAAUAGUAUUUUUGUUAUUGUUAAUUUGUAUUGUAUCUGUAUCCUAAUUUAAAUAAAUGAAGCAGAUAUUUAUUUAGUAAUAAUUAAUACUGCUCAUAAUGGAAAAUGAAAUACUCAAUAUUCUUAAUAAAGUUCCGGAUUAUAUUGAAAAAGUAGGGUGCGAUACAACGAAUUUAACCUCUCCUUUUAAAUGUGCCGUAAAAUCAUGCCCCAACAGAUUUGUCAAGUUUGACAAUAGCGGAAAACUCCCUUACAAAUUUCACAGAUUUCCUGCUAACAUAGAACUCAGCAAAGUUUGGAAAGUUAACUGUGGUUGGAAGGAAUAUGAUGAUGUGGACAACUUGAUGGUGUGCUCAAACCAUUUUAAUUUGGACGAUUAUAUUAGAAACUAUAAGGAAGAAUUUACUAAUCCCAACUUUAAACGGCAGUUGUCAGCGAAAGCUGUUCCUCAAUUAAAUUUAGGCCCAAAUAAGGAUAAGCCAACUGGAAGCCGUGAUGUUGAAUUUGACACAAAUGAAAAAUAUGUUCAGAUGAUUUUAGAUGAAGAUCAAAUAAAAGCAGAUAUAGAAAGUACAAAGUUGGCUGAAAAUAGUCUGAAACUAAGGAAUAAGGAAUUGGUGAACAAAUUGGCAAGCCUGGAACAAGAAAGAAUAUUACUUGAAACUUUGAUCAGAUCCAAAAGUACAUCAAUAAUGGAGUUACAGACUAAUUUGAAAAGGAAGAGGCACAAAGAGAUAAUACUUCGAAAAACGUUUUCCGAAGCCCAAAUAAAACUAUUACAUGGUAAAAAAGUAGUUUGGAGUGAUGAUGAUUUGGCAACAGCUUUUACAAUACGUCAUAUGGGAUCCAAAAAGUGUUACUUAUACUUGAAAAAUGUCUUGAAAUUGCCAUUACCUGCAUUGUCUUAUAUUCAGGCUUGGGCUGCACAUCGUGCGAAGAAUGUGUGAUGUUGCAUUGAAAUAAAAUUUAUAUAUUAUAAAAAAAAUAAAAGAUUUUUUGUUGCUUA